CCUUGUGUAAUCAUUAUUUUGCUGAAUGUACACAAACUUUGUCAAGCAAGGGGUUGCUAGCUAUGCCGCGCAAAAGGAAAGUAGUUGAAAGUAAAGCAGGAGGAGAUGCCAGUUCAUCCAAGAAGUCAUGUCUCGAUGGAUCAGGUGGGGCAACCAUUGAUUCAUGCACGGUUCGCUUCGAGUGGGAAGGCGAUAAAAAUGUAUGGACUCAGUAUGCCAGCAGUGUCAAUGAGUCUGUGUGUGCUGCUGUAGCUAAUGGAUUGAAAGAGAUUGAUUUUGCUGUUGGAAAGACGUCCUUUACUGUCAAGUUGGAAACCAUGGUCCAGAAAAACAAGAAAACUGGAUGGCAAAGACGUCUCAGAUGUUGUGUACAGGAAGAUGGGGGAUUCUAUGUAUGGCAGUGGGAGGAUGAGAAAGGGAGGUGGAAUCCCUACAGCUACGAUGUCGCGGUUAAAUUGGAAAAGGCUCGACAGCUCAAGGAGACUGAAGUAGAUAUAUCGGCUUGUGCUCGAUCUUACAGUGUGGACAUCUCAGCCAUGGAACAAACCAAUACCGCUACAGAUGUAGUGAGAAACGUAGCCAGGAUCAAGUCAGAUGCAGAAGAAGCUUCGGGAGAAGAACCAACAGUAACCAGUUCCCUGAAUGAUACUGCAGCAACAAAAUCAGGCAAGGGAAAGGUCAAGGCAGAACCAGUGGACAAUGAGGCAACAAAAUCUGGGGGGAGUGCUGCAAAAAGUGGAGGAAAGGCUUCAAAAUCAGGCAAAGGGUCCGACAGGUCGGGGGAAGGUGAAUCAAGGGUGAAAACGGUAAUCGUAAAGAAAGGAAGUGCCCCUGUAGACCCAGAAUGCACUUUGGCCGGAAAAGCUGAGGUUUUCACCGAAGGCAAAAAUGUUUGGGACUGCAUGCUCAAUCAGACAAAUGUAAGCAAUAACAACAACAAGUACUACCUCAUCCAGCUACUGAAUGAAGGCAAGGGAAAAUUCCACGUGUGGCAACGAUGGGGUCGGGUCGGCUAUAAUGGCCAGAACAAUCUUGUACCAUGUGGAGGUGACCUGGAUAAGGCCAAGACAAUGUUUACAAAAAAAUUUACUGACAAGACGAGAAAUGAUUGGGCUAACAGAGAUAAGUUUGUUAAAGUUCCUGGAAAAUACGACCUUCUUAAGAUGGACUAUGGUGAAAAGGAAGGUGAAGAUGAAAUGGACGCUGGGCCUUCGGGUAGUCUCAAGGACGAUACCCCGGUUCCUUCCUCAAAACUGGACCAGAGGUUGCAGGACCUGGUGAAUUUGAUAUGCGACAUUAAAUCCAUGGAAGAGGCUGUGAUUGAAAUGAAAUAUGACGCCAAAAAGGCUCCUCUAGGAAAGCUAACAACAGAACAAAUCAAAGCGGGAUAUGCCGCCCUGAAAGUCAUCGAUACAUGUAUCACCAAUGGUGACUUCGGUACAAAACUAAACCGGGCAUGUGACGAUUUCUAUACCAGGAUCCCCCACGAGUUUGGGAUGCGACAGCCGCCUGUGAUACGGACCAAAGAGGUGGUAGAACUCAAGAUGCAGCUUCUGGAGGCACUUGGCGAUAUUGAAAUUGCGAUUAAGACACUGAAGAUGGGAGACCGAUCCGAGAACCCAGUGGACAGACAUUACCACUCACUCAAGUGUAAAAUGGAACCAAUGGACCAUAAGUCGGACGACUUCAAGAUGAUAUCAGAUUACCUGUUCAACACUCACGCCGCUACACAUAACCAGUAUAAGUACCAGGUGGUGGAUAUCUUUGAUGUUGACAAAGAUGGAGAAACAGCUGCCUUUAAAGAUUAUGGAAAUAG